AUGGAGAAGCUCCCCCGCUGCUCUCCCGCGCAGGCGACCCAUCGCAGAUUCGCGGAAUGGCCUGCCAUGAGAGAGCAAACCCUGCGCGAAUGCUCCAUUUGGGACUGGACAUCACUGGGCCUAUGGAGGUACGGGCGCUCACCGAGUCCGGCGGACAACCCGAUAACUAUCCUUGUCUCCGUCCGGUACGACUCGGUCAGAGAAUACCACACGGAGAGAAAAUGGAUCGAAGCCAUCUGUGCCCGGUACGAGGCGCGAGAUGUGUCGAUCUUGUUUCUCAAAGAUGAGCUGAAACUGUGCUGCGGCGUUUCACACGUUCCACAACAAGCCAAUUUCCGUACUCCGAGCGAGCCAAUCUCCGGAAUGCCACUUACUUCCAAGGCAGAACCCUCCUCGAAUCGGACGUGGAACUCUACAAAGCAGGCCGCUCAACCCAGUGGACUCAAGGUCUUUACAACGGCGCUAGAUCCGUGAGAAUCGCCCGCACCAAAGACCGCAAUGAUAGUUG